AUGUCUCCACCCGUCUCUCUCCCACUGGCCUUGGCGUUGCUCCUGGCGUGUGCAGCAGGGCCGAGCAGGCAGCAGGACACCAAGGUCCUGGGAGGAGAGGAGUGUCGCCCCCACUCCCAGCCGUGGCAGGUCGCCUUCUUCGAGGACUCGCGGCUGCUGUGCGGCGGAGUCCUCAUCCAUCCCGCCUGGGUGCUGACGGCGGCGCACUGCCAAAAACGCAAGGUGUCCGUGCUGCUGGGGAAACACAACCUGGAGGAGCGGGAGGGGCCGGAGCAGAGCCGCCAGGUGGCGCUGUCGGUGCCCCACCCCUGCUACCGGCCCGACGGCGGCGCCCACGGGGGUCACCGCCACGACCUCAUGCUCGUCAAGCUGCGCAGCCCGGCCGUCCUCAGCACCGGCGUCCGGCCCGUCCCCCUGCCCGGACGCUGCCCCCGGCCCGACGACACCUGCCUCGUGUCCGGCUGGGGCACCACCAGCAGCCUCGGAGAGAGUUUCCCGGACACGCUGAACUGCGCGGAGCUCAACGUUUUGCCCCAGAACCGGUGCGAGGUGGCGUAUCCGGGACAGAUGACGGACAGCAUGCUGUGUGCCGGGGAUAGCGGCGGCACCGACACCUGCCAGGGAGACUCGGGAGGCCCCCUCGUCUGUAACGGCACCCUGGCCGGCAUCACGUCCUGGGGAUCCAAUCCGUGCGGGGAGCCAGAGCGCCCGGGCGUCUACACCAGCGUCUGCCGCUACCUGGACUGGAUCAAGGGGAUUGUGGGGGUCAAUUAACCCCCUGGAGGGGGCCGGGCCCUUCCCCGGGGACCGCCCCGCUAAAACCCCGA